AUGUCCACGCUCAAAUACCGCCACUUGGGCCGCGACUCGGCCCACCGGCGCGCCCUCCUGCGCAACCUCGUCACCUCGCUGAUCGCCAACGAAUCCAUCUCGACAAGCUGGCACAAGGCCAAAGAGGCGCAACGGCUCGCGGAGAAACUCAUCACCCUGGGGAAAAAAAACACCGGCGCCUCGCGGGAACGGGCAAAGACCAUCUUCUUCGAACCCGAGCGAGAAGGACAUAUGGACAAAUUAUUCGGCGAACUGAGGCUACGCUACGCGAACCGCCCCGGAGGCUACACGCGCGUGCUGAGGCAGGAACCCAUCCGGGAGGACCAGGCCCCCUCUGCGAUUUUGUCGCUGGUGGACGGGCCGCGGGACAUGCGGUUCAGCAUGACGGCCAAGGCGCUCGUGCGGCAACGACGCGAGAACUUCGACAUGUCGGAGAUGAUGGCCGCGAACAUUCGCAAGGUGACCCGGUUCCGGAUCGACGGGGAGAAGGCGCUGGAAGACGAGGUCGACAGGCUAGAGCGGGGCCAGAACGACCAGCUCGAGAAAGAGAGGAGGGAGUUUGACGAAGACGGAACCCUCUAUGAGUGGGUGAGGGGUGAGAAGGAUCGCCCCAGCGACAUCAAAGGAAAGGAGAAGAAGGGUCCGGGACGGCUGAGAAGGCAGAGGGUCGGCGAGGAUAAGGAGGUUCCUUCAUAG